GGCCGCGCGGGGCCGAUGGCGGAGGGCGCCUGGGAAGCGCCGGGGGGGCGGCGGCGGCGGAGACGGGAACGGGGGGAGCCCGAGGGGGGGGGCGCGGUGCUGAGGAGGCUGCGGGAGGCGCGGGACGAGCUGCUCGGCUCCGGCUUCUGGGAGGACAGCGCCGGAGCCGUCCGGGCCCCGGGGUGCGUUGCGGGGCGGCCGUGGCGCUGCGUCUGCUACGGGCUGGGCCGCUUCGGGACCUGCCCCAACGCCCGGCACCAGCUGGCCUUCCUGCUGCUGCUGCUGCAGAGCAUGGAGGUGCCCCCUGACCGCUGCCUGGUGUUCGACCCGGCCUUCUCGGAGCUGGAGGUGGCGGCGCUGGGCGAGUUGGGGCUGCGGCUGCUGCCGGAGAACGAGGAGGGCAAGCACCAGGUGCAGGAUUCGCCCACGCUGUUCUACAUGGUGCACUGCGGGAAGGCGCUGUACAACAACCUGCUCUGGAGGAACUGGGCCCCGGCCACGCUGUCCAACAUGGUCAUCAUCGGCAACAGCUUCAAGGGGAUGCAGGAGAGAGUGCUGUCAAGAAUACUGGAGAGAGAUUACUCCUACAUAGCAAAGAUCUUAAAAGGGACAGAGGAGGUGGCGCUCCCAGCACACCCUCGGUACACAGACACCUUCAACGACACCUCCGUCCACUGGUUUCCCCUGCACAAACUGGAGCAGCUCUCUGCGGAGGUUUGGGAGUUCCUGGAGGAGCCGACGUACCAGGAGUGCGAGGACUUGGAGAUCAUCAGGAAGGAGGACGAAGGUAAUAGGCACAGCCCCAGUGGCAGUGCAGUCCUGACUGCACCCUGGGGUAGACCCGGUCCUUCCCAGGGUAACACCAGCACGGCCGAGAGAAGCCCAAGCGCAGACAGCGUCACCCCCACCUGCAGCAGCACAGUGCCUGGAUGCUGAGCCCAGUGGGACAGUUGUGGAGCUCAGUGUUUUUUUUUAAUAAAAGUGUUUUUUAAUAAGC